AGAUUAAUGGGAUAUUUUUGCAAGUAAUAAUGGUAUCAAUCUCUUUUUUAGGAAAUCAAAUGAAGAAUCUUAUAAAUGUAAUAAUAUCAUAAUAUAAAGUAUUUAGAAAGUUAUGUCAACUUAUUGAUUGCACUUUAAUGGAUAUACAAACUCUUCAAUAUAUACCAAGAACAAUUAUAGCUUCAUAUAUGUAUUUAAUAAUCUCAUUUUAAUUAAAUGUUUUUGAUAUUGAUAUGCUUGAAGUUAUGUCCAGAACUUCAAUGUUUUUAUUAAAUCGUAUUCAAUUUAUUCAUAUUUUAUAGGAGAUAACUAAUUUAAUUAAAUAUUUGAAUAAUUUGUAUCUAUAACUUUUGGCUUUGCAUUACAUGAUAUAUUACCAGCCAUAUAAUAUACAGUAGGUUUUUAUGAAUUACAAAUUAAUUAUGAAACACCUCCUGGAGUUGCACUUUUAUUGAAUACUCCUUUGGAAGUAAUAUCAAUUUCUAUAUCAUAGUCAAAUUAUGAAGAAUUUCUUUCAUUUUAAUGUUAUUCAAAAUACUUACUUGAAUUUAUCAGAUAAAAAACAAGGGAUUGA